AUGGGGGCCCCGGGCUGGGCCACCCUCCUGCUGCUGCUGGCGCUCAGCACCCAGGCACUGAUCCGGAUCCCCCUGCGGAAGUUCCCUUCAGUCCGGAGCCGGUUCGGCGGGAGGGGGCUCCCCAUUGCCGACCUGGGGGCUGGCAGGGGGCGGGGCAGGGGGUCCCACAGCCGCUCAGCUGCCCCCCAGCGUCUGCACAAUUACAUGGACGCCCAGUACUAUGGGGAGAUCGGGGUCGGGACGCCCCCCCAGCGGUUCAGCGUCGUCUUCGACACGGGCUCGUCCGACCUGUGGGUGCCUUCGGCCAGCUGCUCCCUCCUGCACCUGGCAUGCUGGGUGCACACUCACUACUACUCGCUCUUCUCCUGCACCCACAAACGCAACCACAGCAAGUUCUCCAUCCACUAUGGGAGCGGCAGCCUGAAGGGUUUCCUCAGCCAGGACACGAUCACCGUGUCCAACCUGACGGUGGAGAACCAGACGUUCGCCGAGGCCGUGGAGCUGCCGGGGCUGGUGUUCGUGGCAGCCAAGUUCGACGGGAUCCUGGGGAUGGGGUACCCCGGCCUCUCGGUGCGCGGGGUCACCCCCCUCUUCGACAGCAUGAUGGCGCAGGGGCUGCUGGACCAGAACGUCUUCUCCUUCCACCUCCGCAGGUCAGAGCCCCCGGCGCCCUGCGACGGGGGCGAGCUGCUGCUGGGGGGCACGGACCCGGGGCUGUACGAGGGGGAGCUGCAUUAUGUGCCCGUGUCCCGCAAGGCCUACUGGCAGGUCAAGGUGGACAGGAUCCGGGUGAAGAAGGCCCGGGGGGGGCACCAGUGCAAGAGGCCGUCUCUCUGCCGGGGGGGCUGCCAGGCCAUUGUGGACACAGGCACCUCCCUCAUCGCGGGCCCCAGCAAGGAGAUCAAGACGCUGCACAAGGCCCUGGGACCCUUCCGCGCCCUCAAUGGGCAGUACCUGCUGGAUUGCGACCAGCUCUCAGGCCUGCCCGAGGUCUCCUUCGUGCUGGGCGGGAAGCCCUUCAGCCUGACGGGGGAGCAGUACGUGCUGAAGGUGACGCAGCUGGGCCUCUCCGUCUGCGUCAGCGGGUUCAUGGCCCUGGACGCCCCCGCCGGCCCCCUCUGGAUCUUGGGGGACGUCUUCCUGGGCCAGUACUACACGGUGUUCGACCGGGACCGGGACCGCGUGGGGCUGGCACGGGCCAAGUCGCCCCCUCCCCCGGCACCGCGAGAGACGCCCCCACCCAGCACCACAGCCAGCCCCAAAACCCACCCCCCAGCCCUGAGCACCCCCCAGCCCACGACACACACCGGGGCCUCGGGACGCCUGGGUUCCACCCACAGCUCCGGGACGGGAGGGGGGGUCUAG